GCAGUCUAAAAUUCAGUUCAGUUCUAACGCGACUCGAAGCCGGUUUUUUGCUUUUUUUCAUUUUUGAAUUCGUGGAAAUUUUGAUUGCUAUUCAAAAUGCGUUUCGCUCUGUUUGGUUUUCUAGCCUUGUGCUUGUUGGCCUUUGUCCUAGCGUCUCCAGCAAAGGACAACAAGAAACCGGCAGCAAAUGCAUGCCAGAAAGACUGUGGGGAAGUCUACGAGCCGGUCUGUGCCAGAGCCAAAAACAGCAGCAAGGAGCGACUCAUCACCUUUGGCAGCCCGUGUGUGAUGGCCAACUACAACUGCCAGCAUGCCGACGAUCCAUUCGAGCAGAAGGCCAAGGGCGAGUGCGGUGGCGGAGUAAGUGUUCGCCUCUCUUAAGAACGAGAGAUCAGACCGUAUAAGCUUAUAUUCAUUAUUGAACAUCUUCCACAAAAUGGCCCAAUAAAAUAUUCACAUGGUUUUUAUUCCAA